AUGCCCCUGCUGCCCGCGGCGCUCACCAGCAGCAUGCUCUAUUUCCAGAUGGUGAUCAUGGCAGGGACGGUGAUGCUGGCGUACUACUUCGAGUACACGGACACGUUCACUGUGAACGUGCAGGGCUUCUUCUGCCACGACAGCGCCUACCGCAAGCCCUACCCGGGCCCGGAGGACAGCAGCGCCGUGCCCCCCGUGCUCCUCUACUCGCUGGCCGCCGGGGUCCCCGUGCUCGUGAUAAUAGUUGGAGAAACUGCUGUGUUUUGCCUACAACUGGCCACAAGGGAUUUUGAAAACCAAGAGAAAACUAUUUUAACUGGAGAUUGUUGCUAUAUAAACCCACUGGUGAGGAGAACUGUACGAUUUCUUGGAAUUUAUGCGUUUGGACUGUUCGCUACAGAUAUCUUUGUAAAUGCUGGGCAAGUAGUCACAGGAAAUCUGGCUCCACACUUUCUGGCCCUGUGCAAACCCAACUACACAGCCCUCGGAUGCCAGCAGUAUACGCAGUUCAUCAGCGGGGAAGAGGCCUGCACGGGGAACCCGGAUCUCAUCAUGAGAGCAAGGAAGACGUUUCCGUCCAAAGAAGCGGCCCUCAGCGUCUACGCAGCGAUGUAUCUGACAAUGUACAUUACCAACACCAUCAAAGCCAAAGGAACAAGGCUUGCCAAGCCCGUUCUCUGCCUGGGCCUAAUGUGUUUGGCCUUUCUCACCGGGCUCAACAGAGUGGCAGAAUAUCGAAAUCAUUGGUCGGAUGUGAUAGCAGGCUUUCUGGUUGGAAUAUCUAUAGCAGUAUUUCUGGUGGUGUGUGUGGUAAAUAAUUUCAAAGGAAGACAACCAGAAAAUGACCAUAUACACACAGAUAAUCUGGCACAGAUGCCAAUGAUCAGCAUUCCUCGUGUAGAAAGCCCUUUGGAAAAGGUAACAUCUGUACAGGUGUCCCGAAUCCAACCCAUUGAGAAUGGUCAAGAAGAAAACGCACAGGGAACGUCCUUUAAAGACUGUCUUGCAAGGCUCUUCAGCUGGAUAAUGGGACUCAGCCACUGUGAACACCUUCAAUUAAGGCAAUAAACAACCACAUCACCGCCUUUGCAGAAGUCACAUGAUAUUGAAGGAGAUGGUCCUUCACUGCACUGGACGUCAUCCCUCUUCACCGUCCAUUCAUAACACCCGAAGUGUGUUUGAUUACAGAAGCCGUUUCUAAAGUUGUCCGAUCGUUUUUAUAAUUUAAAAAUCAGUUGUCAACUUCUCUGUUUCCCCCACUAGACUGUGAGCUCCUCAAGGGCAGGACCGUGUCUUUUCUCUUCUCUGUGUCCCCAGCACUUAGAGCAACACCUCACAUAAAGUAGGUGUUCAGCAAAACGUGAUGACCGAUGAACAAAUUCAUUCUGAAAUAAAACGUUCACUUUAGUUUCUCACAGAAUCCCUGGGCUCUGUGAAAAGAAACCUCUACACGAGUCAUCUUUGUGUAAGAAAUCCCUCCACUGGGGGCUAGUUAGCUUUUUAAUUUUUCAUAUCUCUUCUUAUUCGGCAGUAGACCAUGUUUCAUUUGAAGUGGACUUUGAACGUCAUGGGGGUUUUUAUCUUAUGAUUUAGCAUGACCUUGUUUCCGUUCUAACAGAUUUCAGUGUGUGAAAUUACUUUUAGAAAGUAUGUUCUGUACUAAAAUAAUGUUUGCACAUUAUAUUAUGCUCUAUUUCACUUAAAAUACCAUUCAUACUAUAAAUUCUAAGACUGGUGCUUCUGCUUUUGAAGGGGAAAAUGCCAAUUUUUACUGUAAUAAGUAAUGUAUCAUAAUUAAAAAUUAUUUAUUUGGA